GUAAAGGUAAUCGGCCAUAAACGGUUUAAACGCCGUUUUGCACCAGCAGUUAAAUGCAUUUAAGCUUUGCCCUUCACCAUCCGCGUUGCACACGCACGCUUGGAGGAGUGGAAAUGAAACACCCCGGCGGCUUCUCCCUCUCUUUCCUCUUUCUGCCCUCGGGCACGCACCCGUCUAUAAAUCGGCCCGCGCCGCCAUUCCUGGGUGGAAAAGAAAAAAAAGAAAGAAAGAAAGAAAAAGAGGGAUUAAUUCCAUAUAGACGAAGCGAUCGUUCCAAGGGCGCAGAAGCGGGAAAAGGCAAAUCGAGGCAACGACAGGAGAAAUCUCCGUGGAGGGUUAAAGCGGUGAGGAAUUAGCUUGAGGCUCCUGGACCACAGUGGAAUGCUGAAUAAGGCAGUAGCAAGAUUACAACGAUAGACCAUGGACUUCAACGUGAGACACUGGUGAUGCAGUGGCAGUAUCUUCAAGAGGCCUAAUUUGGAUGCCAUAUCUGCAGCACAUCUUCAAUCAUGGCUGUUUCAGGACCAAAAGCUGUUCUACUGUCAUUUGCGAGCCUUUUCCUUCUCACAUUUCACCUCUCUGCGGCACACAGGAUUCCUGACUAUGCUGAAGAAGAUGAGGAGAAGCAGUGUUCCAGAAGAGAGCACCCUAUGAUUUAUUUCGAAGAUCUGAAGCCUUGGGUUUCAAAUUUCACAUACUCUGGUGUACGGGACUUCUCUCAGCUUGCUCUAGAUGCCAAUAGGAAUCAACUCAUUGUUGGAGCCAGGAACUACCUCUUCAGACUUAGUCUACACAAUGUUUCUCUUAUUCAGGCAACAGAAUGGGGCUCAGACGAAGACACCAGAAGAUCAUGUCAAAGUAAAGGAAAAACUGAGGAGGAAUGCCAAAACUAUGUUCGCGUUCUCAUUGUUUAUGGCAAGAAGGUUUUCACUUGCGGCACAAAUGCUUUUUCACCAGUAUGUUCCAGCAGACAGGUAGGAAAUCUUAGCAAAAUAAUUGAAAAAAUAAAUGGGGUAGCUCGCUGCCCCUACGACCCCCGGCACAACUCAACAGCUGUGAUCACAUCCCAGGGAGAACUGUAUGCUGCGACAGUCAUUGACUUUUCUGGACGGGAUCCAGCCAUUUAUCGCAGCCUUGGAAACAUCCCACCUCUUAGAACAGCACAGUACAACUCUAAAUGGCUUAAUGAGCCCAACUUCAUUGCUGCCUAUGACAUUGGUUUGUUCACUUACUUCUUUUUCCGUGAGAAUGCGGUAGAGCAUGACUGUGGAAAAACAGUCUAUUCUCGUGUGGCCAGAGUUUGUAAAAAUGACAUUGGGGGACGAUUUUUGUUGGAAGAUACAUGGACAACUUUCAUGAAGGCUCGGCUGAAUUGUUCCCGUUCUGGAGAAAUCCCUUUUUACUACAAUGAACUGCAAAGCACAUUUUAUCUUCCUGAACAGGAUUUGAUCUAUGGAGUAUUCACAACCAAUGUAAACAGUAUUGCUGCUUCAGCAGUGUGUGCCUUCAAUCUCAGUGCUAUUACACAAGCCUUUAAUGGGCCUUUCCGGUACCAGGAAAAUCCAAGAUCUGCAUGGCUGCCAACAAUCAAUCCAAUCCCAAACUUUCAGUGUGGCAUAUUGAAUGAUGAUGGCCCCAAUGAGAAUCUAACAGAAAGGAUCCUGCAGGAUGCUCAGCGCUUGUUCCUAAUGAAUGAUGUGGUGCAACCUGUCUCUGUGGACCCCUAUGUUACUCAGGACAACAUCCGUUUUUCCAAACUGGUGGUUGACAUUGUUCAGGGCAAGGAUACACUCUACCAUGUGAUGUACAUUGGGACAGAGCACGGUACUAUUUUGAAGGCACUGUCUACUACCAACAAGAGCCUGAGGAGUUGUUAUUUAGAGGAAAUGCAGAUUCUUCCCACCAGUCAAAAGGAGCCAAUCCAAAGUCUUCAAAUAUUGCACAGUGGCAGAUCAUUGUUUGUUGGUUUGAAUAAUGGAGUGCUAAAAAUCCCUCUGGAGAGAUGUUCAAUGUACAGAACAGAAGGAGAGUGCUUGGGCUCAAGGGAUCCGUAUUGUGGCUGGGAUAAAAAGCAAAAGCGAUGCACAACCAUUGAGGACAGCUCCAAUAUGAGCCUCUGGAGUCAAAAUAUUACCGAGUGCCCUGUGAAAAAUCUGAUGGUGCAUGGGCAGUUGGGGACCUGGUCUCCAUGGCAGCCAUGUGAACAUUCAGAUGGAGAUAGUACAGGUUCCUGCAUGUGCAGAUCACGGUCGUGUAACAACCCUCAGCCCCGGUGUGGUGGACGUGACUGUGAAGGAGCCAGAAUAGAGAUUGCAAAUUGCUCAAGGAAUGGAGCUUGGACCCCAUGGUCGUCCUGGGCCCCCUGCAGCACUUCCUGUGGGAUUGGCUUUCAGGUCCGUCAGAGGUCAUGCAGCAACCCUGCUCCGCGAUACGGAGGCAGGGUCUGUGUCGGACAAAGCAGAGAGGAGCGAUUCUGCAAUGAGAACAGUCCGUGCCCAUUGCCAAUCUUCUGGUCUUCGUGGGGCCCUUGGAAUAAAUGUAGUGCAAACUGUGGUGGAGGCAUGCACUCCAGGCAGAGAUCCUGUGAAAAUGGAAACUCUUGCCCAGGCUGUGCUGUGGAGUACAAAACCUGCAGCCCGGAGGCCUGCCCAGAAGUGCGGAGAAGCACACCCUGGACCCCUUGGACCCCUACCAAUAUUACUCAAAGUGGGGCCCGCCAAGAGCAGCGCUUCCGUUACACCUGUCGUGCUCAGCUGGCUGACCCCCAUGACCUACAGUUUGGCAGAAAGAAGACGGAGAGUCGGUUUUGUCCCAAUGAUGGCUCCGCCGUUUGCGACACAGAUUCUCUAGUCGAUGACCUUCUGAAAAGUGGCAAGACCUCUAUCCGGAUUAUCAAUGGCGGCUGGUCCUUUUGGGGGGGAUGGUCAUCUUGUACCCGGGAUUGUGAACUGGGCUUCAGAACCAGGAAGCGAAUGUGCACCAAUCCGGAACCCAAGAAUGGGGGUGUUCCUUGCAUAGGAUCUGCAAUGGAAUAUCAGGAUUGUAACCCCCACCCUUGCCCAGUGAAGGGCUCAUGGUCCUGCUGGACUCCUUGGUCUCAGUGCUCAGCAACAUGUGGAGGUGGACACUACCAGCGCACCCGGACCUGCACCAACCCAGCACCAACUAAUGGGGAAGAUAUCUGCAUUGGGCUACACACAGAGGAAGCCCUCUGCAAUACACACCCAUGUGAAGGAGGCUGGUCUGAAUGGUCUGAAUGGAGUUUAUGCAAUGAAGAUAGCAUCCAGUAUCGUAGCCGUUUCUGUGAAAUCCACAGCCCAGGAUCUGUUCAAUGUGCAGGGAAUAGCACACAGUACCAAGAAUGUCUGUAUAAUGAGAUCCCUGUAAUCCUGCCAGCAUCGAGCAUUGAUGAGAGCACGAACUGUGGAGGUUUUAGCCUCAUCCACCUCAUUGCCACAGGACUCUCCUGCUUCUUUGGCUCUAGCCUCUUAACCUUUGUGAUCUACGUUUACUGUCAACGGUGCCAGAGACAAUCUCAGGAGUCGACCGUUAUCCAUCCCACCACUCCCAAUCAUCUUCAUUACAAAGGCAACACAACUCCCAAGAAUGAAAAGUACACACCUAUGGAAUUCAAGACACUAAACAAGAACAAUUUAAUACCAGAUGACAGGACCAACUUCUAUCCUUUGCAACAAACAAAUGUGUACACAACAACCUAUUAUCCCAGUACACUGAAUAAAUAUGACUACAGGCCUGAGGCCUCCCCUGGAAGGACCUUUACUAAUAGCUGAUGACGAUCUGCCUAAGAACUGGAUUACUUCCUAUAUGAUUUUUAUUUUUAAAAUUGAGUUUAUGGACCAAAUAUUGGCCCAAUCUAUAGAUGUAAAUAUUAUAAGUGGGCCUUUUAUUUUCUCUCUUAUUGGUGGUCUUACUUUCAAGUAGCACAUCUCCUUAAGUGGAUCUUCUGCUUAUGGAUAAUGGGUGGUCUAGGAUAUUUGACAAGUAUUCAGCUAGAGAUAGCAGUUCCUGUUAUGGAUAUCACAGUUUGAGUUGUCCCUUUGGUGUCUGAUACCAAGAUAAUCCUGGAACCAGCCCUAAUGUGCUAAGUUUGUGUGGAAUGAAAUGACUACCCAGUACAACUUCAGAAGUUCUGUGGACAUCGGAAGACAAAUCCUAGCAAAGCGCUGAGACUUAUUCUUCAUAUGCCUACAGGUUAAUAGUAUUAGGAACAUCAUUCAUCCAGACAGACUUGUGGAACACCAUAUUCAAGAGUUUGGCUUUUAAGCUUCAGGAUCAUCAGCAUUUUUUGUGACAUGGCGACAUAUAUGCAAGUAACCUUUAAUGGGAAAAAUCCUGUCAGAUUUAUAAAACAAAUGAGAUAACUUCACGCAAGAGAAAUGUUUUGAAACAUUUCUGAAGCAAAGUGGUAAGACUUUUUAAGUUUGGAUACAUGAGACAUGGGCUUUGGAUACACAAAAGAUGGUUGAUUCUCCUGGACAAUAUGAAGAGAGUGGAACAAGAGCCAUGGAAGAUCCUGAUAGAAACUUUUCUCUUCUUGCUUUGAUUCCAGGAGAUUCUUAAGACACCAUUGGACUGAUGGCCCUCUGCCCUUGUUGAAAUUACCAAGCUUUGUGCUAGUGCUGAUUUUAUUUUUUAUAAUUUUUUAUUCACUUGAACAAAGAAAAGAAUAUUGAUUUCAGUAUGUCUCUAAAGAAUGUCUCCAUAGUGUAGCCUAACCCAGAAAGCCUAAGGCAAAGUCCUUUAGUGUCUUCCAGCCAAGAAAGAAAUACAGUGUACAUCAGUAGCUGCCAUUGUUCACUAGUAUUGGAGCAAGAAAGAUAAUUAUUCUGCUCCAAUUAAAAUAAACUGGGGUCUGUAGCAUUUUGAAACAAUCCAGUCCAGCCUUGAAAGAUUAUCUUUUAUGCUUUGUUAGACCAAUGCAUCUAGUCAUGUCAUUUUGGGCUAGAUGAGUCUCUUGUUAAUGAUACUUUCUCAUCAUCUAAUGUAUAAACUCUUGGUGCUAAGCAAUGAAGAUGGCCGCAAUAUAUAUAGCAUGUGAUAAGAAUGUAAGCCAGUUCCUACAUGAGUUCUGAUCUGUUUGCUGUUUCUGGGUUGUCUGUGCUUUAAGCCAUUGGUUUCCAACUCAGGUUGACUAGCAUUGAACACAGAAUGGGUAGCUGCUGGUAGUACCUUCAUAAUUAUCUAUUGAAAGAAUUGUCUGAGAGGGGGGCACAGUCUAGACCCUACAUCCAAGCAAGAAACCCAGACUAAUAAGUGACUCUAAAAUGACUCAGGAUGCUGUUUUAAAGUGAGAAAAUGAUCCAGGGCUGAUACCAGCAUCUCAUUCUACCUUAUAGAAUCAGAAGUCAUAAAACAAGCAUUAGUGCCUAAGCUAUGAAAAACCCUGGCUGAGUGCAUGGGACAGAUAUGAUUUAGUGAUUUAGGUAGGAUGUCCUCUAUGGAUCUUUCUGUUGGCUAAUGAAAGAGAGAGUGAUUGGGCAGUCAAAUUGCUACAGGCUCCUAACCCAAGCUAGGCCCUUGUAGGAAGGUAUGUCGGGUUCCUGUGAGGAGCACACUGUGUAUAGUUCACCAGCAGAAGCUGCUGCUUGUGCAGAUCUGUAAUCAUUGGGAUACUUGUUAUUAACUAAUUAACACUUGAGGUCUGUAAGAAAUUGUUGGAUCAAGGCCAGAGUGAAGCAUUGUUUCAGACAGAGUUCCAUUUUUUGCAAGACUUCAUUUCACAGAGGUGACUGCAAAUUAAGUAUUCAUUAUCCUGUUGUUUUGCUUGAUUUUUAUUUUAUUUUUUAUUUUUUGCCAUGAGGGGAUCCAGGUGGAUUUUUUUCAGUGACUUUAAAUAGUGGGUUUUCAUUCUCUUACAUAUUUUUCUUCUUCUUCAGAUACCACAAAUCAUGGCAUGUUUCAGGGCAGGGAUAUUUUUAUGUACUCCAUUGCAAUUCUUUCUUCCCAGGGACCCAAAUGUGAAAAAUGAUAGGCUUUCAAAAGUAAGAACCACCAUUUUUAAAUCAGUUGCACAGGCUGCUGAAAAGAAGAAAAUCAAGGAAAGCAGCGGGUUAAAAGUAAUCAGAGCUAUUACCACGCAGCGUCUGCUUAAGCAUGACAUUUUUUUCUAGCCCGCGUUAAUGCUCCCUAAUUCACAGGGAAGGCUAUUGACAGGAACAUUCUUCUGUCUCCAAUGCCUUUAUGCUUUAGGUACAGGCUGCUGGUGUUCUUGGUGAUCAGUCCUUUCCCCUGUGGAGGGAUUGUCUAAAUGCUUGAUUUUCCAUGUGCUGACUGCAAUACUAGCCCAAUGGGAAUCCCAUGCACUUUGCAAACGUUUUCCCGGAAAAAAAAAAACAAAGCUCUGGCCCCUCGGCGGGACAACCAGACCGUCUUGCCUUUGAUGUGGCAAUAGGCCCACGUGUGUUGAGGUGUACUUCAGCCUUUUGCUGCAUGAGAAGAAAAACCACCUCGGAGCAUUCCCACGCUGACCAGAUCAUUCUUCAGUGCUGCCCAGAAAGCUGCUUUGGAAUCUCAGUCCAGUAUAUGCAACACCAGGGAGCAACGUUGGGUGUGUGUGUGUGUGUGAAAUAAUGAAAUCGAAUUUUAAAUUACAUUAAAUGCAAGCUUCUGGGACCUGGGUCUUAAUAUUCUUAUGGUCAGGCAUGAAGGAGAUGUUCGCAAAAGUCUACUAUUAAAAAAGCACUAGAACGAAAGCCAAAUGGAUUAAAAGCCUUCCCAGUUCUUACCCUUGAUAAUUUCAGCCACCUAUUUGGGUGACUUUAGGUGGCAUCUGCAAAAUCUAACCAAGCAGCUGUGAAAACUAGUUACUAAAGCUAGUUAUAACUAAUAGUUAUUCCAAAGGGCUGUACAGAGUCCGAGUAAGUGGCUGAAGGGAGCACCGCAGCCAUUCAGAUGUUUAGAAGUGAGAUUUGAAACUUUUCACUAAUUCUGAUCUUCACUUAACAGUUUGUUUCCUUCAUUAGAGAGGAUUGGAAGAGUGAGUAAGUUUUCAUAUUUGGAUAGGACAGUCUAUUAACACCUUUCUUUUUCAUAAUUAACUUCUGUGAUCUUUUGGGUGUGAGAAAUUAUUGCUAUACGUGUUUCAUUAUGGUUCAUUGUCUUAUUACAUUAGCUUUUAAUAGGUAUGGUUUUUAGAGAUUUGGCAAUUUGCUAUUACACACUGGUUCAGCAAUUCCUUACUGGCAGCUCUAAAAACUUUCUUCCCAGAAGAGCUGAUUCGUUUAAAUGGAAUUGACAGCUCCUGCUGCUGCCAUUCUUCCAAGGAAGCCAUAUUGACAGGAGAAUGUGAAGUGCACAUCUUGGAAAGCCUUCCAGGUUCUGAAUUGGAGCCAAAGGGUCCAGGGAGUCAAAGGAAGAAGAGCUGAUCAGCCUGUUACAAGAUUGUCCUUCAACGGUUUCUCUGUGUUCCUGUGGUUUUCUUCAGUGUUUGUCUUCUUCCAUCACGAUAGGAAUACAGAGCAUGUUUACACUGAUAAAGCAACCAAGCUUCAUCACAACUCUAUGCCAACCAUGUACUUACUCUGCUGCCUAUUUCUGCCAGGGCACCAAAAUGCAAUGUGGGUCAUUUGUGUUGUCUCUUCUCUAACUCGAGGAAAUACGGUCUCCUUUGCUGAACUGUCGUGACACCAUCCUGAACUGCCCACCAGUCUAGAGACUGUUCUAGAGCUCGAUCCUGAAUUGACUGCUGGGAGUUCAUUUGAUGGGUAUGGUUCUUAAAUAAAGAGGCCUACUAUCAUGGGAUUAAGAAAAACUCAGAGAAGGAAAUGUCAUCCCAAGGGAGAAUGCGUAUUUCUAUGACUCACCCACAUCUGAGAUACACAUGUAUACCUAUUGCCUUAUUAUUUUUUUUAGAGAAUGAUACAUUAAAUUAAGAUCUAUAUAAGAAGUGGGAAUGAUUUGAAUUCUAUUCAAAGCAUAAUUUAGGACUAUAAUUUCCUAGCAUUAUGAAAUCUAUUGUGACACAAAGAUCAUUCAGAGUUUAAUCUGUGUAAUCAUUACUCACACUGAAUGUGAAAUUUUCUUACCCAUGCAAACUAUAAAUGCCAUGAAAUCCUCUUAUUCAAACACUGGUAAAUAUAUUGUUAUAUAUUUAUAACAGAAAUGUUAUAUAUUUACUGCUGAAUGUCUAAAAAUAAAUUUAGAAUAAAGUGAAAAAGAAAAAACAAAACGGCAGCACUAGACUUUCCUGAUAGUGUUAAGGGAAAUGCUCCCCCAGCAAGAUUUUAACGAAAACUUGAUUUUUCAUAGAUCAAUGAUUUUUUUCAUUCUUGAAUGAAAAUUGAAAAGUUGACUUUUUAACUAGAAAUGUUCAUCUUCCCCUGGAAAAAAAAAUCCAUUCCUGUUCAGAAUGGCAAAGUAAACAAUGUUUGUAUUUGCUCAUACUUUAUGAAUAAAC